AUUCCUCAGUCUGUGUGCCAUAAGAGAUGUGGGCCUGGAUUCAGGAAAAUUGCCCUGCUUGGCAAGAAUAUUUGCUGCUAUGAUUGCAUUCCCUGUCCUGACAGGGAGAUUUCUAAUGAGACAGAUAUGGAUCAAUGCAUGAAGUGUCCAGAAAGUCAUUAUGCAAACACAGAGAAGAAGCAAUGCCUCCAGAAAGUUGUGAGUUUUCUUGACUAUAAGGACCCCCUGGGGAUGUCUCUUACAACUGUAGCUCUUUGCUUCUCUGUACUCACAGCUCUGGUUCUUGGACUCUUUGUGAAGAACAGAGACACUCCAAUUGUCAAGGCUAAUAACAGGACACUCAGUUACACCUUGCUUGUCACACUCACCAUCUGCUUCCUCUGUACCUUUCUCUUCAUUGGUUGUCUCAACACUACUGCUUGUAUGUUACAGCAGAUCACAUUUGGAGGUGCUUUCACUGUGGCUCUUGCCACUGUGUUGGCAAAAGCUAUCACUGUGGUUAUUGCAUUCAAGGUCACUUUUCCAAACAGAGUGGUGAGGUGGUUAAUAAUAUCAAAGGCCCCAAACUUUAUCAUCCCCAUUUGUACUCUGAUCUACCUUGUCCUCUGUGCAAUCUGGCUAGGAACCUCUCCUCCCUUCCUUGAUCAAGAUGCUCAUUCUGAGCAUGGGCAUAUCAUCAUUAUGUGCAAUAAGGGCUCAGCUUUUGCCUUUCAUGGUGUCCUGGGAUACCUGUGCUCCUUGGCACUUGGGAGCUAUACCAUGGCUUUCUUGUCCCGGAAUCUACCAGACACAUUCAAUGAAGCCAAGUUCCUUUCAUUCAGCAUGCUGGUGUUCUUCUGUGUCUGGGUCACAUUCCUCCCUGUCUACCACAGCACCAAGGGGAAGGUCAUGGUGGCUAUGGAAGUCUUCUCUAUCUUGGCUUCUAGUGCAGCCCUCCUUGGCUUCAUUUUUGCCCCAAAGUGCUACAUUAUCUUGAUAAGGCCAGAGAAGAACAGUCUACAUCAUAUCAGGAACACAUCACAUUCUAGAAGGAAUAACCCUCUCAAAACCUAA